UAAUGGCCAUGUCUGUAGGCUAUUGUAAAGCAGCUAUGAUCUAUGGGUGGUGGUGUUUUCUAUUAGAUGCAAGAUACAUACAGAUGAAGUAUGAAAAAUAAUUUUAAAAAAGUUCUGUAGUAAGAGGAAAGUGUAAAACCAUUAGUAGUGAUUUAUAGGGACACUUUUGAAAUGAAUAUAGUUGGAAUCACAUUCACAUAUAUUUUUGAAUUCCAGUUAAAAUGUAGGUUGAACCUGGGGGUGGUGGCGUAAUCCUGUGAUCCCAGCCUUGUGAGACUGAGGCAGGACUGAGCUCCAUAUCAGCUUGGGCUGCACAGGAGACGCUGCCUAAACAGAAAAAAAGAAGUGAUCAUGAAUCAGGCAGAUAAAAAUCAAGAAAUUCCAUCUUAUCUUAGUGAUGAGCCACCCGAAGGGUCAAUGAAGGAUCACCCACAGCAGCAGCCGGGCAUGUUGUCUCGUGUGACUGGAGGGAUCUUCAGUGUUACAAAGGGAGCUGUUGGCGCCACCAUUGGUGGUGUGGCUUGGAUUGGUGGAAAGAGUCUGGAGGUGACCAAAACAGCUGUUACAACUGUGCCUUCCAUGGGAAUAGGGUUGGUGAAAGGCGGCGUGUCUGCUGUGGCUGGAGGUGUGACGGCUGUGGGGUCUGCUGUUGUAAACAAAGUGCCCUUAUCAGGAAAGAAGAAAGACAAGUCUGACUAAGGGACAGGAACACGCGUGCGCUUGUGCGCUGGCACACGUGCGCCACAGAAUAGGAUGCCAGUGGCGUUGAACUGCUCAACACAGACUACAGCCAAGCCUACUGUUAAACUGCUGUGCUCAAAGUAUUGACGGCUGGCUUCUCUAAAACAAGACGAGACCAAUACUCUCACAGUGUGUGGAGGCUUUUCACACUUAAGUCCAGCUUUUUAUCUGGUAAAAUGUUACACUUGCUUGGUUGUAACUGAAGAUAUGGUAUGUUUAAAUAUUUGCUCUAAGUCUUUCAGUUUGACUGAAAAUGUGAAAGUUCAGCUUACUAGAACCACAGAAACUUAGUAGAUGACUCUACAGCUCCAUGUGUACAGUGUGCCAGGUGACUCAGUGCCCUACAAAGGGACUCGAACCACAGAAACUUAGUAGAUGACUUUACAGCUCCAUGUGUACAGUGUGCCAGGUAACUCAGUGCCCCUUACAAAGGGACUCGAACCACAUAAACUGUACCUUUGAUGUGCCUAAUAGUUUCAGAUGUCUUAGUUUUUUAUAACAAUAGUGGUUUAGGCCAAGAGGUGUUCUUAUUUAAGCUGGCAGAAAAGUCACAGGAAUUCAGAAGUUUAGAAGAUAAAUGGUUUUAUGAUACUGUUAAUUGUUUUUUGUUAGAUAAACCUUUUAUUUGUUUAAUCAUUGAUGCCUUACAAAAGAAAACAUCUUUUCUAAUACCGUAAAUAUGUGCAGUUCUUAUAAUUAUCAGUGAAUUCCUUUAAAGGUUGUAAAACUAGUUUUCCCUCUUAAGAAUCUCAGGAGUAUUGGGUGAAGGCGUCUCCUGUGUCGGUGAGUAAGACAGUGCUUGUUUGCUGUCAGGAGUUAACAUCAGACAUAGGCUUCAGCUGGGCUCGUCGUCCCAUCGUUAAUACACCCCACAGUGCCUAGGGAAUAUUUCUUAGCUGAUCAGAAGCUGUGUGGGAAGAGUUUUAUAUUAAGAAGGAACAAGUAUUAGUUUUUAAGUUCUUAUAAUUAUCUGAAGCAUCUAAGAUAAUCCUCCAUGCAUCUUCUGUCUUUAGGAUGUCUUAAAUUAUUAGUAGCAAUUCCUUUAAAAAUACAAUAGAAGCAACCACACAUAUAUGAGGAUUGACUCUUCAAAUGAGUGCGAUGGCCUCCACACAUUGGCUUUGAAUAAAAACACACACGUGCUUUCAGUGACUUACAUGGGUU